AUGCCAGACGCCUCAUCCGCCGGCAGCCAUGCCCUCACGAUUGUGCUUCCCACCAUCUUCGCAAUCAUCCUUGUCAUGCUGAUAGCCGCAACUGCAAUCCUCCUGCCGCGCCUCCCGAAGAACAGUGACGACGAGAAGAGCGAAUGUCGCAAGAGGCGCAUGCUCAACCUCGAACACGCAUGCAAGUCUCAGAUUUUCAAAGACUGGUGCUCGAAGCAUGAAUCGGAGCACCCAGAAUACAAGUCCGAGCAUCCCGUUUGUGUGAUCUGCCUGGAAGAGAUUGAGGAUAAGGCGCAUAUCCGCGGGCUGGGAUGCCUUCACGUCUUCCAUCAGGGCUGUCUCGACGACUGGUUUGACCGCUUCAACGAAUACUGCCCGCUUUGCCACCGUCCGAUUCUGCCGUCUGUGUGCAGCAACAGUAAGAAAUCCACUCGGUCUUCUGUGGAUACCGCGCACGAUGCCGCCGCCAUGAUGGUUUGA